AAUGUCCAAGAUAAUGAGGAUGCGACCAUGUGCAACGAAGGACGUUAGUCGCGCACCGCAUCUUCAGUUCAGCGUACUUUGUCCUGUCUACAAUGUCCAUCUAGUUCGAACCGUCCGUGACAUGACCGACUUAUUCUCAAAGAUCUACCGUGCAAUCGUCUUCCUUUCAUUAUGCGAGACGAGCACACACUCGCUCGUCUCGCAUAUCUGCACCGCGAGUACUGGGACUUCUACAGAUACGGAUUAUUCGUCGAUGUCCGCGGAGGGAUCGAUCUUCGAGGAGAUGGAGAAUCGGCUGUCGAGUCUCGAACGCAGGUUGCGAGCGGUCGAACAUCCCGUUUGGCAGAUCGGCUUGAAAGAGGAGGACUGGGAGGUCUGUGCCGAGGGACCGUGCAAGUGCGUACCGGAAAUGAAAUCGGUGUCCUGCUGGAGAUACAAUCUGCUGUAUCUACCCCCGACGCAAUUGGUCCCCGCUGAUGUGCUGAGGCUGGAUCUCGGGAGUAAUCGACUCAGCGCUCUGCAUAGAGACACGUUUAGGAACAUGACGCAGUUACACCAUCUGGAUCUGAGCAGCAAUCUAGUCGAGCAUUUGGCGCCGAGCUUGUUUCAGCCGUUGCACGGUAUCGCAAAUGUCAGAUUGAGUAACAAUCUCUUGAAGGAAAUGCAACACAAUCAACUUUUUGGACUAAGGAAUCUCCGAAUACUCGAUCUGUCGUCAAAUAAACUCCGUACUUUGCCGGAGGAUCUUUUCUUGAGCAACGGCCACUUGGCUUUACUGGAUCUCUCCUUCAAUCGUAUCUCAUUAUUACCGCCUGGUGCAUUUCAUGGUCUCGGGAAUCUUGAUGAAUUGUUGCUGGGCAAAAAUCGACUAGCGAGAUUACCCGUUUCAGUUUUCUGGGAUACUAUUAAUCUCAAACGCCUCGCUCUCGAGGAGAAUCGUUUGAAAGAGCUGCCUAGCGGAGUAUUCAAAGAGCUGGCAUCUCUCAAAGAGUUGAAUAUGCGGAACAAUCGAUUGACGGAGGUGCCCAAAGGAUUGUUUUUGACCCUAACACAAUUGGAAAUUUUGGAAAUAUCAAGCAACAGAAUAUCUCGUAUUGACGCAAGGGCCUUUCACGGUAUGAUGGGUCUUCGGGAGCUUCGAUUAGGACACAAUCAUAUAAAAUACUUGCCGUCUGGAUUAUUCAACAAUUCUACGUCUUUGGAACGUCUUAUUCUCUAUGGCAAUCGCAUAGAAAUCCUAGCAAGAGGCGUUUUUCGCGGCUUGUCCAAUCUCACUUCUCUUUUCCUGCAAUCCAAUCGACUGAGAAUAUUGCAAUCAGGAGUUUUCGAGGACACGCCGAACUUAAAAAAAUUGCAACUGGAAUCGAACGACCUCUCCUUCUUGCCAGCUGGUAGUAUGGACGCCAUAUCCACUAUUCAGCAAGUACGCCUGGGCCAAAAUCCCUGGCAUUGCGAUUGCCGUGCCUCUUACGUUGCUUCCUGGUUGCGCAAAAGAUUCGCCAGCUUCGCGAAUUUGACCACUCCGUUGCAGAUACAGCGGGUUCUAAUCAUGACAGGCAAUUGGAGUAUCUGGGAAUUUGGGGCCGGUGCAACAUGCAGGGGUCCGGGCAUACUGGGCGGUCAGUCGCUGCUACGUCUGACCUUUCAUGAGCUCUGCGAGGGUCAGUGGGCCUCCAUGAAGGGUAUCAUUCCACGGUUACCCCUCGACGUUAUAGCGCCGUCUGUCACGCCGCAAGCAAUCAGGACAAACACAAUUUUUGUGUGAAAGACGUGAAGCUCGGACGUCUAAAUUUUUUGUGAAAAAUGGAAUAUUACGCAAUAUAUGGAACAUUUAAUAAUAAUUAGCACGUCUCUUAAAAUCUCUUUUUUCAUUGAGUUUUGGUUUGUUUUCACGAAAACGUAGUGAAAUAUAUUCGGGUUUCUUUGCAAUCGUACGCUACGUCUAUGUGAUAAUCAAAUAUAUAAUAUUUAAUGAAAAUAAUCAUAACAUAAAUUAUAAGUCACGAAGGUAUGAAGGUUAUUAACAGUUAUUCGAUCGGCAAUAAAAUGUAAUUUUAAA